ACUCUCCCAAGGAGACAAGUUACUGUCAUUAUACACAGAUAUUGGCCCCUGUGGGUUGGUAGAUUUAAAAGCUACUAUCUUCAGAGUUUCUCACUUUAAUCAGCUACAGACUGAAAAUGAAAAGGGAUCCUCUGGACAUUUCAUUAAUAAGCCAGAAGUGAUCAUCAGGUUGGAGCAGGAAGCAGAGCUGUGGACCAUAGAAGAACCCCCAGACCAGAGCCUCUCAGGGAAUCUCCACCGAACCAGCAGUGUGCCCGAAUAUGUCUACAAUCUACAUUUGCUUGAAAACAAUUUUACUGGAGGGCGAACCCCGGCCACCCUAACCUAUGACAUGCUAAAGGCGGGCGCCACUGCCACGUACGACAGCCGCUGGGGGCGCGCGCCAGGCUGGCACAGCUCGCAGCGCUCCGUGGAGGAGCGCGGCUGGCGGCAGCCACUGCGCAGGCUGGAGGUCUCGCCCGACAGCAGCCCGGAGCGCGCGCGCUAUGCGCACAGCCUGUGCGAGUCCCGCUGCGCCCCGCGCGGGCCCGGCCUGCGCACCCUGGACGCCCAGCGGACCCUGCUGAUGCCCCCACGCUAUGCGCGCUCGGAGGCGGCGGGGCUGGGCUUCUCCGGGACCGCCACCCGCACCCGCGGCACCUACCACGUGCAGCGGCGCCUGGGCUCCGCCGCCGACUGGGCCUUCGAAGGCCCGCGGCCCGGGACCAGCCACAGCCUGGGCGACCUCCUGGAGAAGGAGAACUAUGGGGCCGGCCGCCCGCGGCCGCAGCACACCCUCCAACACCGCGCCUUCCGCGCGUCCUGGCGCCAGAGCUCCUUCCACAGCGCAGGCUGCGCGCGGGAGGUCGGCCCCAGCGUGGGGGUGGACCCGAGCCGCCGCGCGCACAUGACAGCCGGACAAGUGGCCGCCGUGGGAGCGGGCUCCGCGCCGGUGGACCGGCCCGCGCUCCCUGACACCCCGCUCGGGAUCACGGACAUGGAGAUGACCCUGGAGCGAGCUGUGGGCAUGUUGGACACAGACCACACGCCGCCCGCCAGGAUCUGCGCAGCCGCCACCUUCAUCCAGCACGAGUGCUUCCAGAAGGCUGAGGCGCGCAAGAGGGUUAACCAGCUUCACGGUAUCCCCAAGCUCCUGCAGCUUCUCAAAGUCCAGAGUGAAGAUGUUCAGAGGGCGGCAUGCGGGGCCCUGAGGAACUUGGUGUUUGAGGAUAACGACAACAAGGUGGAGGUGGCCGAGCUCAACGGGGUCCCGCGGCUGCUGCAGGUGCUGAGGCAGACCAGAGACCUGGAGACCAAGAAGCAGAUCACAGGUUUGCUGUGGAAUUUGUCUUCCAACGACAAGUUGAAGAACCUAAUGAUAACAGAAGCCCUGCUCACCCUGACAGAGAACAUCGUCAUCCCCUUUUCAGGGUGGCCGGAAGGAGACUACCCCAAAGCCAAUGGUCUGCUUGAUUUUGACAUAUUCUACAACGUCACGGGAUGCCUGAGAAACAUGAGCUCUGCUGGCCCCGACGGCAGGAAGGUGAUGCGGAGGAGUGACGGGCUGAUCGACUCCCUGGUCCACUACGUCCGGGGCACCAUCGCCGACUACCAGCCAGACGACAAGGCCACGGAAAACUGCGUGUGUGUCCUGCACAACCUCUCCUACCAGCUGGAGGCCGAGCUCCCUGACAGGUACUCCCAGAACAUCUAUGUUCAGAACCGCACCGUGCAGGCAGACGACAACAAGAGCAUCGGGUGUUUCGGCAGCCGAAGCAGGAAAAUAAAAGAGCACUACCAGGACUUGCCGAUGCCCGAGGAGAAGAGCAACCCCAAGGGCGUGGAGUGGCUGUGGCACUCCAUCGUGACGCGGAUGUACCUGUCCCUGAUUGCCAAGAGCACCCGCAGCUACACGCAGGAGGCCGCCCUGGGCGCACUGCAGAACCUGACCGCGGGGAACGGGCCUAUGCCCACAGCAGUGUCCCAGACGGUGGUCCAGAAGGAGAACGGCCUGCAGCAUGCCCGGAAGACGCUGCACCUGGGUGACCCAGCGGUGAAGAAGGCCGCUGUCUGCCUGCUGCGGAACCUGUCCCGGAACCUCGCCCUGCAGAACGAGAUCGCCAAGGAGACACUGCCCGACUUGGUUUCCAUUAUCCCUGACACCGCCCCACGGACAGAGCUCCUCAUCGAGACCACAGCCUCCGCCUGCUACACCCUGACCAACAUCAUCCAGAACAGCUACCAGAAUGCGCGGGACCUUCUGAACACGGGGGGCCUGCAGAAGAUCAUGGCCAUCAGUGCCGGCGACAGCUACGCCGCCAGCAAGGCCAGCAAGGCCGCCUCCGUGCUCCUGUACUCUCUAUGGACGCACACGGAGCUGCACAACACAUUCAAAAAGGCUCAGUUUAAGAAGACAGAUUUUGUCAACAGCAGGACUGCCAAAGCCUACCACUCCCUGAAAGACUGAGGCAUGUGCCCCCAAUACCAGCCGCACUGUUCUCAGCCACCAAAAAAAUCCCGCCGGAAAAUACCUAUUUUUCUAUGACCCAGCCCAAGAAACGUCAAGAUAGCCCUGUUCCUUUCUUGCCUGUUGGCAUAGUCCCUGGAAUCCAGAAAACAGAUUGUCAGAAUAUAAUUUUAUCAGACUUCCAGAAGACAUUUGCAUGUCUGCACCAGCCGUGACACAGGCCAUGGGCCUGAUUUCACUUCCUACAAAUGGUCUCUGUGGCCGGGACAAUGGCAAUGGGACUCUUGGAAGCAAAGUGUAAAUCACAUGGAAUGGUCACGGACGGAGCCAGCCAGGAUGAGAGCUAUCCCAGCACUGGGACUUUGGAAGCCUGAUUUACAUUUAUAGCCUCUCUGGCUUCCACAUCCUGUGCCUCAUGCAAAUUGCCUCGCACUGAAAACAUGGCGUGUUUGAAACAGGAGUGGAUACCACCAGAAACAUCUGCAGAGCCCCUGGAGAAAACUUAAUGGCAAAACGAUUUGUUUACUUUCUGCUUCUCUUUAUCCUCUUAUUUUUUUCCCCCUCUUAUUUUCAAUGAAGAAAUUUAGAUCACAGCGUGCACGUGACAAUGAGAAAAAGAAAUUGAACAAGGAAGUGGCUGUAGCAUUUCAAGCAUCCUUCCCUGAGAAAGGCAGCUCGGGCUGUGACAUGCAGUGUUCCUUCUGAACACCAAGUCAGGGUGAUUUUUGCUCAAGGAAAUGCUUUGCCUGUAACAACACUAUUAAAUGUAAAUCUCCUGUUUGCUGGCACCUUCCAUGGGCUGGUGGAAGGACUGGCUCUGCCCUGUGGCUCCAGGAGGAACCAAGGCCUCACGUACUUGCCAACCCAGGUGACUGCAGACACAGCUGGGUUUAGGGUGUUGUUUUUCCAAGCAGUCCAGCUUUACGACUUGAAAAACAAACAGGAUCACAAAACCUCACUGUGUCUUCCUCAGGCCAUGGUUUUAAGUCAAGGAAACUCAAGAGAAGCAAAAUGAAGAAGUCAUGUUAAGGAAAAAGGUAUCUAGCCCAUGCAGAAGUGAAAAGGCCUAAUGCUGAAAAGGUAGAUGGCACCAUUUAUUGCAGCAAAUCUGUUUUGUUAUUUUAAGUGGAUUGUGAUGGACACCAUUGUGAAAUCAACUAUAAUUCUGUCAUGUUUGGCUUUGUUUAAAAAAAAAAAAUCUGACAGUGUUUGUUAUAAGAAAGUAAGAAGAAAAUUCUUCAGCUGCUUUUGUCCAGAAAAGUGUAACAGCAAAUAAAUUCUAA